AGCGGAGCGAGCCGGCGGUGCCCCGGGCCCGGUGCGGGAUGCGGCGGAGCGCGGCGGCGUGCUGGGCGCUGGUGCUGUUGGCCGCCGCCUUCUGCGACACGGCGGCGGGCAAGGGCGGGCGCGGCGGCGCCCGGGGGGCGGCCCGCGGAGCGGCGCGGGGGGCGGCCCGCGCCCGGCCCAGGGCGGCCGUGCCCCGGUACGGCUCUGCCGGGGCCGCCCUGCGCGUGGCCGGGGCGGCGGCGGCGGGGGCGGCGGCCGGCGUGGCGGCGGGGGCGGCCCUGCGCCGGGCGCGGCUCUCCGGGGAGCUGCAGGCGGGGGAAGGCGUCGAGUACCGCGACGGCAACUGGACGGCGGCCGCCAGCGCCUGGACCUCCACCGCGCCCGCAGGGACCGCGCCGGGCCGGGCGCUGCCCUGGCUCUGCCCGCUGGCCGCGCUCCUCCGCCGCUGA